GUUGAAAGUGUCGACUGUAGUGCGCGUGUUAAUUUUGUCGAGAUUUGGCAAUAAAUACAUAUAUAUCACAUUAAGAAACACGAAAAACAUUAACUGUUGUAAUGUGCGUGAAAUGAAUGUGUCAACAUCAUUCUACUGUUUUUACGCGGCAACGCAGAAUAUUUUGAUUGAUUGCUUUUGAAUGUCCAGCACGAUCAUCGACAACGUUUCUUGAAAUUUUCAGGAUGAAGUUCGGUUAUACAAUCGAGGAGUCGCAGAAAAAAUAUCCGGAGAUCACGGAUGAACUUUUGAAGAGUCUGCAAAAGUGGGCGGAUGAUCGAGAAAUUCCGAAAAUUCCAGAGGAGCAAUUGGCAUUAUUCGCGCACAGUUGUUACUUUGAUUUAGCGGCCACGAAACGAUGCAUGCAUGCUUAUUAUAAAAUGCGCGCCACAAUCCCGGAAUUUUUUCACGAUAGAGAUCCCAGGCGCGAGUAUUUGCAACAUUCUUUGAAAGCUUUGGAGUUUGCAGCGCUUCCCAAGCCAGAUCGAAAUGGUUCUCGGAUAAUUUUUCAUCGUCUGGCGGAUACACGACCUUCUCAAUACAAAUUCAAUGACGGCAUCAAGCUGCUGUUUAUGUCUAUCGAAGCGAGUCUCUACACAGAAGGUUGUUCGCCGGGAUAUGUGUUCCUCUUCGAUAUGCAAGGUGUGGGACUCGGCCACUUGACCAAGUUGUCGAUAAGUAGUAUUCGCUGGUUCUUUGAGUACCUCCAGGAAGCCAUGCCAGUCAGACUCAAGGCCAUCCAUGUGGUGAAUGCGGUCUGGUUCAUGGACAAAAUUCUCGCUCUGAUCAAGCCAUUCAUGAAGAAAGAACUUUAUGAAAUGCUUCAUGUUCAUACCGGUGACUUCUCUGAAAUAUAUUCUGAUAUAUCGCCUCCCGAAUGUCUGCCGAAAGACUAUGAUGGAGAAUUGGAUUCUAUCGCAAACCUUCAUAAAGAGCACUGCGUGAAGUUGGAUCACUUGCGGGAUUAUUUCCGGGAAGAGGAAGCUCUAUUUCGCAAUUAUUCAUUUAACAAAGAGAAAAUAGCAAGUAGUGAAAACAUUAUGCAAAGCACUAUCAAGGACUAAAAGAUAUUAGAACGAUAAUGAUGUAGUUGAUAGACGUGCAAUGGUAUAGCUUGAUUCAUGUAGGUAAAUAAAGGUCAGGACAUCAUUACUGCUUUCUAA